AUGGCUGACCCAAGAUCCUCCUUUCGAUUCCGCAUGCCGCGCUUGAGGCCCUCCGUCCCACCGCCUCGCGCCACCACAAGAAGACUAUCAACUCAACCAAAACCACCAGCAGCGCCACCCUCGCCACCAAUUCCACCUCAGGGCGUACCAUCAACUGCACCUCCACCACCAGUAUCAACUACAACUACAACUACACCUGCACCACCAGUAUCAACUACAACUACAACUACACCUGCACCACCAGUAUCAACUACAACUACAACUACACCUGCACCACCACCACCACCACCACCACCAAUCGCAGCUGCAGCUGCAGCUGCACCAUCACCACCACCACAAGAUGAACCAAGAUCAAUGCCACCACCACUGCCACAAGCUGCACCACUUUCUCCGGAUGUUUCAUCUUUCACCAAACCUGCAACUGCCAAAUCUCCAGAACCCACAAAAACCGAGUCACAACCCUCUUCACCAUUUCAAACAGGCAUUCGAUCACGACUUCCUUCACAGACACCAUCUCCAUCUCGUAUGUCCACUGAACCCCGUGUCUCUGCCAAGCCACCAUCGCCAUCCACCAGACUACAACCCACCGCUCAACCUUCAUUUUCGACUAGUGUACAGCCAUCUCAACCAACCUCACCACUCGCUUCUCCUUCUCGAUUGGCCUCUGAAAAGAAGAUUGCCUCUUUGCCACCAUCUCCCAUUGUAACCACCCCAAAACUGCAACCAAAAAAAGCAACAUCUCCUUCAUCAAGACCUGUGCCAGAUAUAGCUUCAGAUAACGAUCAAAAGGAAGCUGAUCUUGCUCUCAGUGCGACAUCUGAUGCUAUAAAUGAAAUAGAAGAAGGAGAAAUGAAGACGACCAUGGAAACUAAUGAAGAAACAUUCAUGGAGCAACCAAGAAUUGAAGCACCAAAAGUAGAAGAAAAGCAGCACAACGCCAUUAACACAACUAGCAACAAUAUUCCCAACACACCAAAAACCAAAUCAAUGAUUUCGGAACCAGUGAACACUGAAUCUCCUCAAAAUCCAAAACAAAUAAACAGAUCAGAAGCUUCCGCGGAUGUUAAUGAGAACAAUACAAGCCCUAGAAAGCAAUUUUCGAACGAAAAACCUCUAAGUGUUAUUACGCUUGCUGGAGACAACAGAGGGACGUCCAUGCGUAUAAAUGGUGCAACCAAGCGAGAAAGGAAAAUCCAUAUCCACAGGAAGUAUAAGGUCGAUCCUGAUGAAAUUGCAGACACGACGACAGAUGGAGAAGAAAGCUCCAACUCCAAUGGAAAGAAAUCAGAAAAGGAUUCAGAAUCCACUGACAAAUUGGAAAAAAAUGCAUACAUUAAUUGCAAUAUUCAAGGAAUCAAUAACUCGAUGGUAUUUAAUAGCUCCUUUGCUGAGAGGAACCCUGGUGUUCAUCUAGAUCGUAAUCCAGAAAAUGUAAACAAAUCGAAGAGAAAGAAAUCAAAGCCAAUGGAUAUGACGAACCCAUCACAGAAGGUUACGACGAUCCGAAGGAGAUGUCUUAGAGGGCUUUUCAUGGAGACAAGUGAUUCCGACCCAGAUGAUCGACAGAAGCCUAGGCGCCAUGGUUGUCGGUACACCGGCGGGGAGAAGAGUAACAAGGAGGAGAAGAUGGACGUUGUUUGA